ACAGCAACAACAUCAUUAAAAACAACAUCAACAACAAUAACAACACCAACAACAACAUCAACAACAACAUCAGCAACAUCAUCAGCAACAACAAUAACAACAACAAUAACAUCAACAAUAACAACAAUAACAACAUCAUCAGCAACAACACCAACAACAUCAACAACAACAAUAACACCACCAAAACCAACAAUAACAACAUCAGCAGCAGCAACAACAGAAACAACAUCAAUAACACCAACAACAACAUCAACAACAAUAACAUCAACAACAAUAACAUCAACAACAGUAACAUCAACAACGUCAACAAUAACAUCAACAAUAACAACACCAACAACAAUAACAUCAGCAACAACAACACCAACAACAUCAACAACAAUAACAUCAACAACAACAAUAACAUCAACAACAACAAAAUCAACAAUGUCAACAAUAACAUCAACAAUAACAACAACAAUAACAACGCCAACAACAAUAACAACAUCAUCAGCAACAACAACACCAACAACAUCAACAACACCACCAAAACCAACAAUAACAACAUCAGCAGCAGCAACAACAGAAACAACAUCAAUAACACCAACAACAACAUCAACAACAAUAACAUCAACAUCAACAACAACAUCAACAUCAACAAUAACAACAACAAUAACAACACAAACAACAAUAACAUCAUCAGCAACAACACCAACAUCAACAACAACAAUAACACCACCAAAACCAACAAUAACAACAUCAGCAGCAGCAACAACUGAAACAACAUCAAUAACACCAACAACAACAUCAACAACAAUAACAUCAACAACAACAACAACAGAAACAACAUCAAUAACACCAACAACAACAUCAACAACAAUAACAUCAACAUCAACAACAACAUCAACAAUAACAACAACAAUAACAACACCAACAACAAUAACAUCAUCAGCAACAACACCAACAUCAACAACAACAAUAACACCACCAAAACCAACAAUAACAACAUCAGCAGCAGCAACAACUGAAACAACAUCAAUAACACCAACAACAACAUCAACAACAAUAACAUCAACAACAACAACAACAUCAACAAUAACAUCAACAACAUCAACAACAUCAACAAUAACAUCAACAAUAACAACAACAAUAACAACACCAAAACCAACAAUAACAACACCAACAACAAUAACAACAUCAUCAGCAACAACAUCAACAAUAACAACAACAAUAAUAACAUCAUCAGCAACAACAACACCAACAACUUCAACAUCAACAAUAACACCACCAAAACCAACAAUAACAUCAGCAGCAGCAACAACAGAAACAACAUCAAUAACACCAACAACAUCAACAACAAUAACAUCAACAAUAACAACAACAAUAACAACAACAACACCAAAACCAACAAUAACAACACCACUCUCAGAUCAGCUCUCAGAUCAGCUCUCAGAUCAGCUCUCAGAUCAGCUCCAGAUCAGCUCCAGAUCAGCUCUCAGAUCAGCUCCAGAUCAGCUCCAGAUCAGCUCCAGAUCAGCUCUCAGAUCAGCUCUCAGAUCAGCUCCAGAUCAGCUCUCAGAUCAGCUCUCAGAUCAGCUCCAGAUCAGCUCCAGAUCAGCUCCAGAUCAGCUCUCAGAUCAGCUCUCAGAUCAGCUCUCAGAUCAGCUCCAGAUCAGCUCUCAGAUCAGCUCUCAGAUCAGAUCCAGAUCAGCUCCAGAUCAGCUCUCAGAUCAGCUCCAGAUCAGCUCUCAGAUCAGCCCUUUGAUCAGCUCUCAGAUCAGCUCUCAGAUGAGCUCCAGAUCAGCUCCAGAUCAGCUCUCAGAUCAGCUCCAGAUCAGCUCUCAGAUCAGCUCCAGAUCAGCUCUCAGAUCAGCUCCAGAUCAGCUCCAGAUCAGCUCUCAGAUCAGCUCUCAGAUCAGCUCUCAGAUCAGCUCUCAGAUCAGCUCUCAGAUCAGCUCCAGAUCAGCUCCAGAUCAGCUCUCAGAUCAGCUCUCAGAUCAGCUCCAGAUCAGCUCUCAGAUCAGCUCUCAGAUCAGCUCUCAGAUCAGCUCCAGAUCAGCUCUCAGAUCAGCUCUCAGAUCAGCUCCAGAUCAGCUCUCAGAUCAGCUCCAGAUCAGCUUUCAGAUCAGCUCUCAGAUCAGCUCUCAGAUCAGCUCUCAGAUCAGCUCCAGAUCAGCUCUCAGAUCAGCUCCAGAUCAGCUUUCAGAUCAGCUUUCAGAUCAGCUCUCAGAUCAGCUCUCAGAUCAGCUCCAGAUCAGCUUUCAGAUCAGCUUUCAGAUCAGCCCUUUGAUCAGCCCUUUGAUCAGCCCUUUGAUCAGCUCUCAGAUCAGCUCUCAGAUCAGCCCUUUGAUCAGCUCCAGAUUAGCUCUCAGUAAUAUUUCAGCAUGCAGAUGUUCAGCGUGUCUGAUGGCUGCAGUGUGA